UCGUACUCAGUCAACAUGAAGUUCCUGAUCAUCGCCUGUUUGGCCGCCGUGGCCGUCGCCGCCCCUCAGUACAGCUACGAUGCUCCUCGUGCUGCGUCCAGUGAGGAGCGCGACUUCGUGCCAAUCCUCAAGGACGACCGCGUCCAUGAGGAAGAUGGAACUUACAACUUCGACUUCGAAGCUGCCAACGGCAUCAGCUUCUCUCAGGCUGGAUCCCCCGACGGUGAUGAUGACGCUGUGAUCAAGGCUGGAGAAUACUCGUACACUGCUCCUGAUGGCACUGAAAUCCAUCUCCAGUUCGUGGCUGACGAGAACGGCUUCCAGCCCCAAGGCGCCCACCUCCCAGUGGCUCCCGAGUUCCCCCACCCUAUCCCCCAGUUCGUCCUCGACCAGAUCGCAAAGGCCGCUGAGGAGGACCGCAAUCGCAGCGACGACUCCGAUGAAGUUUCCGCUCCUUCCAGACUGUAUGGCCGACCCAACUCUGAUCAUCGCCUGUUUAGCCGCCGUGGCAGUAGCCGUCCUCAGUACAGCUAUGAUGCUCCUCGUGCUACGACAAGUGAGGAGCGCGACUUCGUCCCAAUCCUCAAGAACGACCGCGUUCACGAGGAAGACGGAACUUACAACUUCGACUUCGAAGCUGCCAACGGCAUUAGUUUCUCCCAGGCUGGAUCCCCCGACAGUGAUGAGGACGCUGUGAUCAAGGCAGGAGAAUACUCGGACACUGCUCCUGAUGGCACUGAAAUCCAUGUUCACUUCGUGGCUGAUGAGAAUGGCUACCAGCCUCAGGGCGCCCACCUUCCAGUGGCUCCCGCAUUCCCCUCCGAUCACCUUCCAAGCUUGACACAAUCAGAUAGAACGCAACACCGUAUAAUUUCGAGAGACAAGAGUAACGGCAUUCCUCACUCCCAGGCUACAUUCCCAGACAGUGAGGAGGAUUUACGCAAUAGUUCAGAAACAAAUAGCAAUAGCGAAAUAAAUACCAAGCAAUACAAGUUUACGACGCACUGUCAUAAACUGAAAUUGAUCAAGAGACUGAAGCAGCGUAGGUUCAGCAUUCCUGUGAACGAAUCUGCAGCCAUGACCUUUACCUGCAUUCUCUGCGUGUGUGAUAGGACUCAGCGUGAGGUCAUUUCUCAAGAAUACGUGAUGACCAUCAUCUUUGCUUGCGUGGCAACCGUGGCCAUCGCCGCCCCUCAGUACAGUUACAUCACACCUGACUCCAGCGAAGAAGUCGAAUUUGUGCCGAUCCUAAGGGACGAUCGCGUCCACGAGGAAGAUGGAACUUACAAGUUUGACUUUGAAGCUGGAAAUGGCAUCCGUUUCUCCCAGUCUGGAUCCCCUGACGGAGACGAGGACGCUGUGAUCAAAACAGGAGAGUAUUCUUACACUGCCCCUGACGGCACCCCCAUCCACGUGCGUUUUGUAGCUGACGAGAACGGCUUCCAGCCUCAGUCCGACGCCCUUCCUGUGGCCCCCGAGUUCCCCCACCCGAUCCCUCAGUUCGUCCUCGACCAGAUCGCCUUCGCCGCCGAGGAGGACGCCAACCGCGCUCGCCAGGAGUCAGACGAAGUGUCUUCUCCAGCAGGAUUUUAUCGCUACCCUCAAUAA